ACCCUCCCCUGCGUUUCCUUCAACCCCCGUAAGCGCGCGGGCAGGAAAUCCGUACGUGCGGUAUCGCGAUCUCGUCGUACGACGUGAAGUUGCCGCAGUUGAGGCAGAACCGGCGUCGAUCUCGGCGCGCGCGCGAAGGGAUAAAAGCCGGUACGCGACGAGUACGAUACGCGGAACGGCAGACGGAGAGCUAGAGAGAGAAAGCGAGAGAAGGAGAGAGACGGCCCGCGUGUGUGUUGCCGUUAACAGUGAAUGCGCGAGUUUUUUUCCGUCAGGAGUUACCGUCGCGCGAAUGUCUAAAGUGGAUGCGGAGUAACGCGGAGCUGCGAAAGAGGGAGGCCGGGGAACCGCAGCCCAAGCACGAACGACUACAGCCGGCAUUUUGACGUUUGCUCCGCGUGUGUCUUCCCCCCUCCGCGUUCCCUCCCCGCGUGUGAUGAAUACUGUCGCAAGUGAGCCGUGCACGCGACGCCAGCAGACAGAGCGUCGAGCCGCACGAGUGAUGCCGUGUUCGCAGUGAGUUUUUUUUUCCGCCGGUUGUAUAAUAUACGCCGUUCUUCUCGUCAGCGACGAUUAACGGCGUACGGCAGCAAUAACAACAUCAACAAAAUAACAAGCAGCGACGCGGCGGCAUAAAUUCUUUGGUCGUGAUAUAUACGGGAGGUACAAAGAGAGUGUGAGAGAGAGAGAGAGAGAGAGAGAGAGAGAGAGAGAGAGAGAGAGGGAGGGAGAGAGAGAAAGAGAAAGAAAGAGGAGAAUAAGAGCACGCGCAUUCGUGAAUACCGACGGAUAUCGGGCGAAUCGAGUCGUUAACGGGAACGAGAAGUGCGCGACGGAGAAUCACGCGACUCCAUAACCAUCCUCGCGUUGUUCGGUCGACGUAGAUCGACGUAGAUCGACGUAUUCCGUCGAAUUCCGGAGUCCCUAGGUUGUUCGUUUCGCCGCCGGCAUUCUCUCGCUCUCGCGUCUACGGUGGAGGGGGAGGUCUGCCUCUUCUCCCGAUGAUACGCACGUGCGCUCGCCUCUACUCGCUACUACGUUUACGUGCGUGCGUGCGUCCGGAGCGCAUUCAGUGAAUCGAGUUCGUAUUCGUAUUCGUCUUGUCGUGCCGUACCGGUCGGCCGAAUCGGAGUGCUGACGGGCGAGUGAAGCGCGGUGUUGUCGUCCGUUGUUCAGUUGCGAUCAGUUUGAGAUUACGUUUGAGUUUACGCGCUCUCGUCGUCGCGUCUCCCCGCGUGUGGCACCUGCUGGAGAAGGAGGCUCCGGAGCGGAGAAGGACUUCGUAGCCGCGCGUAGCCAUGGAUACGCUCCUACCGAGCAGCAAUAUAUUUCGAGAGCUGCAGGACAUACACGACACCGGAUACUUCUCGGCCCAGCCAUCGCUCGAGGAUCACUGGCAACAGACAUGCUACGAGAUGGAGAGGUACCUGAAGGACGAGCCGAAGCUACAAUCGUACAAAAAACUCCCCACGGAAUUGGACACAGCGCCCUGGAACCUCUUCAGGGCACCAUCGAUCUCGUGGACGACAUCCACUGGAACGAAUGCACAAUUCGAUCCCCCAAUCAAAAUGGAGGUGACGACGUCGUCAGACGAAAGAGAUCCUCUUUGUCUGGACGAUAUUAAAUUCAGUCCUGGUGAUCAUAAUGACAGUGGACGCGAUAGGGAUCUCCUCGAUCGUCACCUCGAUUCUUUAUCGAUGUCCUCGGCGAGUUCGGCGUGUUCAGCACUGUCCUGGGACAGUUCACCUUCCCUCUCUUGCACGGCGCUCAUUCUUAAAAAAGAGCCGAGUGAAGACCUUGAGGAAGAUGAGGAACACGAGGAAAUCGAAGAGGAGGAGGACAGCGGGUGCGAAAGCGAAGGUCAGAUUCUAACGCCGCCGUCGAGUCCCGGUUCGGGUCAAGGUCAUUCCAACUCCAGUCACUCGUCGAGUGGAAGUUCGAUGCUCGACGUGCACAACCUCAACCUCCACGGCACGGGCGGGAGGAGUGCUAUCGUCAGGGUUACCGCCGGAAACGCGCAGGGUGUUGCAAGACUGAUCUCCGUCACGGCGAACGGCUUCCCCGCGGUAGCCGGCACGCAACACGCGCACGCAGGCACAACUGCAACCACGACCACUGUGGCCAACAGGCACCACGCGAGGAGCAAUGAGCACAGUCCGCCCGACACGAAACGCAGGAUACACAAAUGCCAAUUCCCCGGAUGCAAGAAGGUGUACACCAAGAGCUCGCAUCUAAAGGCUCAUCAAAGGACGCAUACGGGGGAGAAACCGUACAAGUGUAGUUGGGAGGGCUGCGAAUGGCGAUUCGCGCGUUCAGAUGAAUUGACGCGCCAUUACCGCAAGCAUACCGGCGCGAAGCCGUUCAAGUGCCGGCAUUGCGACCGAUGCUUCUCCCGCAGCGACCAUCUAGCUCUCCACAUGAAGAGACACGUGUAA